AAGUGACAUGAUAUCAUUAGAACAGUUUCGUUGCAAAUAUUACCCGCUCGGAGAGACAUGUAUGGCGAUGAAUUUACACACAGCAAGCAGAUUAUUUGUGGAAAUAACAAUGCGUCCUCAAAAGAAGGUCAACUGCAGUGGCGCGGCAACCGGAGCAUCAGCAAUGGGGGGCACACAGGGUGCAACGGAACAUCCCUCUGCGGGAGUCUGGGGGGGCUCGACGGGGGGUUUGGGGACGGCGAAGGCACCCCGGGGGGGACCGAAGGGGGUGCAGCAGGGCAGGACAAGCUGGAGAGGCCGGGCGCAAUUGAGGAUGACGCUAUUCACCUCAAGAGACGGGUGGGACUCAUCAGUGGGGUGGCUUUAAUUGUUGGGACUAUGAUUGGAUCCGGAAUUUUCGUUUCCCCGUCUGGACUUCUUGAAAGAACAGGAUCAAUCGGGAUGAGUUUUGUGAUAUGGAUGGCAUGUGGAUUGUUAUCCUUAUUGGGUGCCCUGUCCUACGCCGAGUUGGGCACGAUGAACACCUCAUCAGGCGCCGAAUACGCUUACUUCAUGGACGCUUUCGGUGCCCCUCCAGCAUUUCUAUUCUCCUGGGCCAGCACCCUGGUGCUCAAGCCCUCUCAGAUGGCCAUCAUCUGCUUGAGUUUUGGAAAAUACGCUGUCGAGGCAUUCGUCUUCGAAUGCGAACCUCCGGAAAUUGUCGUCAAAAUGGUGGCCUUGCUGGCUAUGGUCGUCAUUCUAUACGUUAACUGCUACAGUGUGAAUCUGGCGACAAGUGUUCAAAAUGUCUUCACAGCAGCCAAGCUGGUGGCUGUCCUAAUUGUCGUUUUGGGAGGAGCUUACAAAAUGAUCGAAGGAAAUACUCAGCAUUUGAUGCAGCCAUUUAAAAAUACCAAGUAUUCAAUAGGCAAUAUAGCAACUGCAUUUUACACCGGUCUAUGGGCGUAUGACGGAUGGAAUAACCUAAAUUACGUCACAGAAGAAAUAAAAAAUCCAUCCAGGAACCUGCCACGUAGCAUAGUAAUAGGCAUACCUCUAGUAACCAUCUGCUACGCAUUAAUCAACAUCUCCUAUCUGACGGUCAUGUCACCCAUGGAAAUGAUGACCAGCGAAGCUGUAGCUGUCACUUUCGGCAAUCGGGUGUUAGGCGUCAUGGCCUGGUUGAUGCCGCUGUCGGUGACCGUGUCGACUUUCGGAUCAGCCAAUGGGACGCUGUUUGCCGCUGGUCGGUUGUGUUUCGCUGCUAGCCGAGAGGGACAUCUGUUAGAUAUUUUGUCGUACGUGCAUAUUAGGAGGUAUACGCCUUCGCCCGGCUUAAUAUUUCACUCUUUGAUAGCCGGAGCCAUGGUGAUGUACGGUACUAUAGACUCGUUGAUAGAUUUCUUCAGUUUCACAGCUUGGAUGUUCUACGGAGGAGCUAUGGUGGCACUAAUUGUCAUGAGACAUACAAAACCUAACUACCCUAGGCCCUACAAGGUGCCGAUUAUCAUUCCUUAUUUGGUAUUAGUGAUCUCUGUGUACCUGAUAAUAGGCCCUAUAGUGGAUAAGCCUACAAUCCAGUAUCUUUACGCCACUUUUUUUAUUCUGGGAGGGAUGGUAUUUUACAUUCCUUUCGUGCAUUACAAGUUGCGCAUACCAUUCAUGGAUGGCGUGACAGUAUUUCUGCAAAUGUUACUGGAAGUGGCGCCGACAUCGACAAUGUUAGAAUGAAUUUUUUACGCUGAAAGCUAAAGAAUUCUAGCUAAUCUGCUCAAAUUCUUGUUAGGGUUAGGACUCCUAAAUGUCAUGGUUACAACGAAAAAUACUUUUGGAUUUUUUAAUACUACCAACCACUCUUUCUUUUAUGAAAAAUGAUUUUGUUAACAAGCGCCAAUUGUCAAUUCUGAUUAAAGAGUUAAUUUUAUCAUAUCCCAUACAUUAUUUGUCUUAGAGUAAAGCCUUUUGAGUUAACAAAUAAAAAAUUUAAAUUAUUUUUGAGAAAAAGCAUUUUUGAGAAAAAGCAAUUUGAUAAAAUAGGGUUUGUACUGAUU